CUCCCUCCAGAUCUCCUUGUGCAAUUGGCCUGAGAAGAGAACAAUGGAAGGGAACUCACCUUGUGCCUCAUGCAAGCUGCUACGGAGACGCUGCACCAAGGACUGCAUCUUUGCCCCCUACUUCCCCUCUGAUGACCCUCACAAGUUCUCGAUCGUUCACAGGAUCUUCGGCGCUAGCAACGUUAGCAAGAUGCUGCAGGAGCUGCCGGUUCAUCAACGAGCAGAUGCCGUGAGCAGCCUGGUCUAUGAGGCGACAGCGAGGACGAAGGAUCCAGUUUAUGGAUGUGUUGGGGCCAUCUCUUACCUGCAGAACCAGGUGUCUCAGCUGCAGAUGCAGCUCGCAGUGGCCCAGACUGAGAUCCUUUGUGCUCAGAUGCAGCAGGAGCCCCCCAUGGCUGAGCAGCAGGUAGAGGCUUAUGACAAUAACCUCACUGGGAUGCCUCAGCUGAUGAACAAUGCCUCCUCUAGCAAUCUAGCUCAGGAUCAGCUCAAGAGAGAGUUUCUUUGGACAUGAGACUUGUUUCCACUUCCAAUUGCUUGUUGCUUGUUUUGCCAUGAAAGAGGUUGAGAUAUUCUUGACAGAGAAUCUUUCAGAUGAUUGC